AUGAAUUCCAUACGAUUCGCCGCGCGACGGCCCAUAUUCCGCUGCCUCAACACGCCUGCGCCGCUCCGCUCUAACCCCCAAUUCCGCCAGGGCUCGCGCUCCAGCAGAGCAGACUUCGAGGCCAUCCUCAAGCAGGGCGCCCGUCCCAAGGUCCCUCGCCCAGAUGAAGACUUUGUCUCCGUACACCGCGCCGAGGCCAUGCGCCGUGCGCACUUGAUCAAGAGGCGGAAUUGGCUGGCUCUCGGUGCUGCGCUCUCCAUGAUAGCCCCCAUCUUCCUCGUACGGUUAUGGGAUGUGCCGCCGCCUGGGGAGAAGGAUGAGAAGCCAAGUCGCGGCAUAUUCGACAUGAUCAUGGGCCCGCCCACCAAGUGCGAUGCACCGCGCAAGGCAGCAGAAGAGUUCCAGGGCAAGAAGGUCGUCAUCGCAGCUGGCGACAAGGUCAUUGCUACAACAGGCGACACCGACAACCCGCAAGCCUCUGACCCCGACGCCAUCGAGCUCGUCGAGACAGGCACCUCCUACGUCCCCUACUUCCCGCGCACCAUCCGCCUCCCCACCGACACCGCUGGCCCCGAAGCCAUCACCAGCGACGCAGAAUACACACUCCUCGGUCUGGGCAUCCGAAAAGUCUCCUUCCUGCGCGUCCAGGUCUAUGUCGUAGGCCUGUACGUCAAGACCGCCCACCUAUCCACCCUCCAAAACCACCUCAUCAACACCGUAAACCCCACCGCCUCGGCCCUCAUCCCCAACGAAAAGAAAGACCUCCGCGAAGCCCUCCUCGACCCCGAGAAGAGCAACAAGAUCUGGGAGUCGAUACUCGCUAAAGACGGAACCGCAGGCGUCGACAUGGCCUUCCGCGUCGUCCCCUGCCGCGGCACAGAUUUCAAGCACCUCCAAGACGGCUGGAUGCGCGGCAUCGCCUCGCGCACCGACGAAGUCCGCCGCAAGCAAGCCGAGCUCCUCCGCCAACAAGCCGCAGAAAAUAAAUCCAUAGCCCUUCCCAAGCCCGUCGAAGAAGGCGAGUUCCAAGAUGAGUCCUUCGGCGUUGCUAUGAAGGAGUUCCGAAACUUGUUCCAGGGCAAAGGGAAGGCGCCAAAAGGCUCGGUUAUUAUUCUUACCAGGGAUAAGAGCGGUAGUCUAGGUGCGCUGUACCAGCCGCUUGUACAAAAGGGGGAUAAGCAGGAGACGAUGGGGAAGAGCAGUUGGUUGGGUGAGGUCAAGGAUGAGAGGGUGGGGAGGCUGGUUUGGUUGCUGUAUCUUGGUGGGCAGAAUGUUAGUAGUGAGCCGGCGCGGAAGAGUAUUGUGGAUGGGUGUAUUGAUAUUGUUGAGAGGCCGGUGGGCACGCUGGAGACUAUGGUUCAUUAG